AUGACGAGACUAAGUGAGGGUGAACCCUCGACCAAAUUCUCCACUGCGAAAACAUGGCUGUUUCUAAAUCCAGUGGGACAGAGAGUCGACUGGUGUCAGGCAGUUUGGUUUAAAGGGAGGAUUCCUAGACAUGCUUUCAUUUCUUGGGUCAACUCCCGGGGCAGGCUUCCAACAAGAGAUCGUCUCAUCACCUGGGGUUUGAAUGUCUCACCACUUUGUCUCCUUUGUAAUGCUCAUGAUGAAUCUAGACAACAUCUGUUCUUUGAUUGCUCGGUUGCCUCUGAAGUGUGGACUUAUUUCACUUCGAAGGCCAAUGUUUCUGCACCAACUUCGUUUGAAGCUACUCUUACCUGGCUAAAGAAUCCUUGUCCGGACAAGAAUGUGGCUUUGAUUCUUCGUCUGGCUUAUCAAGCAACAGUUUACUUUGUAUGGAAAGAAAGAAACUCUCGGCUCCACAACGCCACCUCCAAGUCAAUACCAGCACUAAUCCUAGAAGUCAAGAGUGUCAUUCGGUGUCACUUGGACCCUCUAUCUCGAGCUCAAAGAAUUUCCUCACCGGCGGAUUCCUUCCUCGUUUUAUGGUUUGGGAUGUUUCAUUAGUUAUAAAGCUUGUAACUCCCUUUAUUUACUUGCUGUAGGUGUAUCUCUA